AUACAUUACACAGUACAACUAUAAGCACAAACAACCCAUAUAUCACCUCAGAUAAUAACAAAAAAAAGGAUGACAAUAAUAGUAAAAAAGACCCAAUAGAUCAGUUGAUAAGUGAUAAGGAGAAUUUAGAUGAAUUAAUUGAGGCAGAAAAUCAUAAAGAUAUAGAGACACAUGAAACUGGUGACUUGCUACCACCAUUAGAAAACAGUUCAACAAAUAAUCUAGAAGUAAACAGUAUGGAAGGGGUAAGUAAAGUGGCAAGUUUGAAGGACACAAAGAUAAAAGCCACUACAAACACAAGGAUAGAUGAUGAAGGUUUUAUUGAAGUCUCAUACAAAAGACAAAUAGGGAGAACUAGGAAUAGUUCAUUACAAUACGUAGAACCAUACAAUAGAGAUAGAAAAAAAGGAAAGUAUGUUCCAAAAAAG